GCAGCUUCGGUUGAUAGGCGUUCAAUCAUGGAGAUAAUCAACCUCUGGAACAAGUUGGGUAUGUUUUUUGGAAUUUUGAGUUGGUCUUUCUGGAUCAUGUUAAAUGUCCUCUCCAUCCCCGUUUCCUCAAGCCCAUUAGGAAAAGAGUUUCUGACUGCAUUCAUGCAAAAUGGUUACCCACGAAGGUUCCAGGGAGAUUUUAAGCUUCUCAUCACAGGUUCCGUUCAGUCCACAUCUGUUACUAUCUCCAUGAAACAACCUGCGCUGAGGGUAACGGUCAACGCGAACGCUGGAGAAACACUCUCAGUGAAAAUCCCACCAGAGGCUGAGAUGGUUGGAAGCAACAUUUUUGACAAUACACUCACCAUCCGGGCUGACAAUGAUAUCUCCAUCGUUUCCCUGUCCUACAAACCACAGUCCGCCGGCACCACUAUUGUCUAUCCCAUGGAAAGCUUGGGUACUGAAUACUAUGUCGUGACUCCAAAUGUGGGUACCGAUCGCUACCGAGAAUUUGCCAUUAUAAGCUGGGCAGAAACCACCUCAAUUGAUAUCUACCUGAAAGGUCCUGUGACUUUCCGAGGGAGGUCCUACUUACGAGGAAGCAAGUUGACCAUCUCCCUUAAACCUUAUCAGGCUGCUCAGUUCCAAGGCGAGGUGGACCUCUCUGGUACUAAAAUAGUCUCCCAGAAACCAGUGGCUGUCUAUAGUGGACAUACAUGUGUCUCCAGGCAAAUUCAGUGUGACCACGUCGUUGAACAGCUUUUGCCAGUGACAAGCUGGGGCACAAAGUUCAUUGUUCCCUCUUUAGCUUUUAAUACAGAGUUCGACAUUGUGUAUGUUUCUGCUUCCCAAAGCACUCAGGUUGAUGUCCAAUAUGGACAAAUCAAGACUGUUAAGAUUGUGCCAGCUGCCCGGGUAGUAUUUUAUGGCAUUCAAGGCACAACAGCCAUGUCCAUCUCAGCUAAUUCUGCCAUCCAAGUUAUGUUUUUCAGUGACGGUGGCACCUUUGGGAAUCUUAAAUAUGAACCGUUCUUCAUGGCAAUACCUGAUAUCUCCAGCUACUGCCUGGCCUAUAACACCUAUAGUAGUGACCAGUUUGAGAACUAUGCCCUGAUCAUUGCCAAAUCUUCAGAAACCUCCGGGAUCACUGUGGACAGCAGGCCGUUGCAUAGUCUGCAAUGGCGCAUAGUUUCUGGCACCGAUUACUCUUGGGCUGCUCACAACUUAGGCCAAACCACAAAUACCAUCCACAGAAUAGAACAUCCCAGCUCCCCCUUUGGGCUGUUGAGUGUCGGGAUUGCAAAUGGAAAGGCUUGCGGUUCUCCUGCUGUUUGCACAAGUG